GUCAUCUUUCUAAUGCAACAGGCGGUCUUUCCUGUAGACUAACUGCAGGCUGAAAAACAAGAGCAAGUCUAAACUUAUCUACUGAACACGCACACAGUCAGCAAACACACAGCAGAUCCUGAGGUGUGUAUCCUGGUAACGAUAAGGUGUCUGAGUGGGACCUGCAGGCUGAAGCUUGUAACACAGGAACACACCCUCUCUGCACAUCUACCUAGCACAUUCUUUACAGACACAGACAGGCAGGAGAGACGUACGAGCUGAUCUCAGAAAUGGCAGAAAAAGGGCCAUUUUCUGUUGGUAAUGGAAAGUCAACAAUGGCUCAGUCAGUGCAGAGUGGUCUUGCAGCACACUCUGCAGGAGCCCACAGUGUACUGCAGGACGGACUGAGCUUCACUCCCCUGGACUCCAACUCUGACAGGGUUGUUCAGCCGUUCCCACGUUCACCAAAGCUACAGAGGAAGCAGGCCAAAGCUGCAAAACCCUCUCAGGAGCAGCUGUCCAGACAUUUGGAGGAGCUGCAGGCAGAGAGAUCCAAGACUGAAGCCCACAUUCAGUCUCUGAAAAAGCGCAACACAGAUCUCUCUAGGAGAACAGAGAUGAUGAAGCAGCAGGUUCGUGAGCGCUUUGAGAUCGUGCGGGCCGUCCUGAAGCUGGAUGAGCAUGCCGUCUUGGACUCUCUGGAGCUGGACCUGAGACGGACCAGGACCAGACUGGACCAGGUUCUUAAGAACUGGAAACAGCACCAAGACCAGGUCAUCAAGAGCAUCAACAGGAUCCAGAAGGCACUGAGCGAGAGCUCGGCAGCAGAGGAAGAUGGAAAGGGUCGGUCUGAGAGUCUGAGUCCUAAGAAGCCAGACGCCUCUGAGAAGGAAAUCCGACUGAAUGAGGAGAGAUUUGAGAAGCUUCUUAAAACAUUAUCCUCCAUCUCCAGAAACCUGAAAGCCCAGCUGCAGAGGAAGACUCUGCUGUUAGAUUCAUCCCCGGUGGUGAUUGACAGGCAGACGUGCCAUGGCCAGAUCACUGUGACCACAGGGGGGCGGGGCAUGUCCUUCUCAGGCUCUGGCUGCUCAGGUCCUGAGCAUCCUCUUCAGUUUGAUCAGGUCUGCUGUGCUCUGGGUUCGUCCCCCAUCACAGCAGGUCAGAGUUACUGGGAGGUCGACGUACGCUGCUGCUCCGCCUGGGCUGUGGGCGUAGCCACCACCAGCCUGCAGAGGAAGGGUCGGGACAAGUGUGCCAAACUGGGCCGAAACCGGAACUCGUGGUGCGUGGAGCUCCGGAACAGGAAUCUGUCUGCUUGGCACAACGACCGGCAUGUGGCGUGCCAGGGCGUCGGGCAAACGCCGCUCGGAAAGGUGGGAGUGUGGGUCAAUUAUGACAAGGGUCAGCUGAUGUUUUACGACGCAGACACCAUGGAUGUCCUGCAGAAGUUCUCGGCCGCCAUGACACCGGUGUUCGACAGGGCUCAUCACCAGUUCACCGAGCCGCUGUACCCCGCCAUACGCUUCCUGAGACCACCGCAGAACCAGACGUGGCCAAACCACCUGGAGCUCUGUCACCUCAACACUCUGUGAUGUUCCAGGGCUAUUUCUGAGUGAUGUGGACUAUCUGAUGUCUUGCUAACGAUAAUGAGUCUCGAGCCCGUCUAUGUGUAUACACCACUGAAUCAGAGCACCUGUACAGUUGAAUACAAAUGAGACAA